AUGGUUCCUCUCGUAGAAAUGAGUGAGAUUGAUGGGCUACAUAUGGAUUUAAGCAGCGGGUUGGAGGAUGUUCCGGUUUUAUUUGAAGAGCUGACACGUCCGACAUUUCAGUAUUCCCCCGAUAACGUCCAGGGACCAGGAUGCACCACGGACCCCAGUGAAGUCACCCUCCCUGGAUGCUCCUGUCGGUCGCAGUCCUGCUGCAGCGAGACCUGCUCCUGCCUGCGGACUCACGGCCGGGCGUACGACGACUCCGGCCGGCUGCCGGACCUCAGCAGGACUGGGGGCGCCUGCUCCCGCCCCGUGUUUGAGUGCAACGCCCUCUGCUCCUGCGGCGACUCCUGCUCUAACAGGGUGGUGCAGAAGGGGCUCCAGGCCAGGCUGGAGGUCUGCAGCACCCAGGACAGAGGCUGGGGGGUCAGGGCGCUGGAGGAAAUGCCCCUCGGGACGUUUGUGUGCGAAUACGCGGGGGAGGUAAUCGACUUUGUGGAGGCCAGACGCAGGCAGCUCUCGCAGCGGGCCGACGAAAACAACUACAUCAUCGCCGUGAGGGAGCACGCGGGCGCGGGAUCGAUCACCGAGACGUUCGUGGACCCGGCCCGGGUGGGAAACGUGGGCCGCUUCCUCAACCACUCCUGCCUGCCCAACCUGCUCAUGCUGCCUGUGCGCGUGCAUUCCGUUAUCCCUCGACUGGCGCUGUUCGCAGCGCGGGACAUCGGCGCUCACGAGGAGCUGACGUUCGACUACUCAGGAGGUUACAGCAACCAGCGUCCCGCUGAGCGGCUCUGUACGGAGAGAGACUCGCCAGCAUGGGGCAGCAGGACUGAUGGACCCCAGAGGAAAGCCUGCCACUGCCACGCUAGCAACUGCGCGGGGUUUCUUCCACUGGAUUUAUCUGUUCUGAACUGAGCAAGUGCCUUAUCAUUUGUAUCUGAAUGCCGGUAAACAAUGUGUUUAUCAGUCUGCCUCUCCGGCUCAUGCCUAUUUAACUAUCUGUGCUAUUUUGGGCCUGUGUGAAAUAUUCAGCCGCUCAUUAGAGCAAGACAAUGCAACACGUUGGUGGCUUCACCAACACAAUCAGCUGUGUGAGUCAUGUCUGCCCUCAUCACAGCUUCCUGUUUGCCCCCCCUCAGUGUUUCCCGACCUGCCGCUGUCCCCGAUGCGCUCUCCCACUCAGUCUAAGAUGAUGCAAUGGAAACAAGAAAAACAAGUCCAAGUUCCCUCUAGGAUUAAAGUUGUGAACAUAUGUGUUAUUUUUACUGGUUUAACGUCCGCUCUCAUCUGUCAGGGGGGGGCGACUCCCUCUGGUUUCACUGAUCCUGGCACUCUGGGUCACAUCCUUCACACUACACAUGAUCUGUGAUGUGUGAUUGGUUGGUUAAUUUUAACCGUGUUAAGAAAGAAUUCAAGUUCAUGCCCUUCAUGUGGCAGAAAUGAAAGUAAAAGUAGUAGCUGUCAUAUGUUUCCAUCAGCUUCACACUUCUUUGUUGACGUCACGAGACGAACCCCCAAAUAGAUCUCCUCGGCUUCCCAUCGCACGCUGUUCCCCGGGGAAACGGGACCAAUUAAAAAGGGCCGCAGGGUAUAGUUUAUAUAGAAACAGACUUCAUUCCCCUGUCAGAGGAGGAGCCAAGGCGUCCCACUUCAGCGUAACCAUUCUCAAAUCAGGACCUUCUCCUCUCAAUCUGCCCCGGUUCCAGUCUAGACCUGCUUUCAUCUUAUUAAUAUCCACAUCUGGGUUAAUUAGGAUGGAGACCAUGUUUCAUGUAGAAAUGGGACCAGAUCUCCAGCCACACUGGGGGGGGGGCCUGACGGAGACGGACUGAUGGCGGAGGGCGGGGGAGACGGAAGCCUUCUGCUGCCCAGUUGAUUGCUUUUUGUGUCACUCAGUGGAGAGGAGAGUGCUCCAUCGACCCACAUAUUCUCCUCUGUGAGGGUUACCUGAGACUGAUGCUGGUCAAAGUGGGCUCCUCUUCCAGUCUGAUCUGAUCCACUUUCACCGAAUCAAAAGUUUGUGUUGGUGAAUGCAGCAGUUUUCGUGAAUCUAUGUGUCUGAAUGGGUGAAUAUGACUGUGAAGAAACUCUCACAGUACAGGUGAACUCAAUCAUAGAGAUCAAGGAUCAAAUCAGGAAGGUAUGCCCAUCCUCCCCCCGCAAAAAGGCCGUCAUUUCAUUCAGCUGUGUCUUCAUACAACAGAUUUUCUAGGAGAAAAAAUACUCUGCGCACUGUAAAGAGAAACGCUUGACAGCUAUAGGGAAUAGCUGUGAGAGGACGCUCGCGCUGAAGAUGACCUUGGAAUAAAGUAGGACAUAUAGAAAGUUAUUCAUCAGGGUUUGACAGGCUCAAUGAUGU